AUGGAUAUCAUCUUGGUUUUCAGCCUGAUCAUUACAUCCUAUGAUGCCAACAAGAAAGAACUCAGAGAUAGCAGCUGCCAAGUGGAACAGCUGCCUGGGCUCAUCCCAAAGGGUGUGAGAAGUACCAGGGAUGUGCUAAUGCCAGAAUCUCAGGCAGAAGCCAAAAGGGCUACUUUCAUCCAAAAUCUAACUGUGGCUACCCUGCAGUGCCUUGGCUCUGGGAGCAAAGUGAAAGUCAGCCUUGCACAUUCGGAGAAAAGGCCAAAGGUCAAGCAUACUCUGAAGAACCUGAGAGUCAUUGCUGCUCCCCACAGAAACAGCACUGCCUUCCCAAGCUGUCACCUAAACCCCACAUCCAAGUUUCAGACUGGAGCCCUUCUAAGAGGCAAAGCUUUUUUACCAGGGAUGUUCCAAUGUAAGGUCUAUCCAGUGAUGGGGGCUUCAUCAGAGAGUUUUCCCACCACCAGCACCUCCAUAACUCCUGGGAAUAUAGGAGGAGAGAAAACCACACAGAUUGAUUUUUCUAGCGCUCAGAAACAAGACACAGAGGAGAACCUAAAGACGAGGCAGAAAUGGAGCACUGUGGUCAAAUUUCUGAUUGCUGUCAUUCUGUUGCUCAGUGGCGUCACCAUUACAGUGUUUGUCAUUUUUGAAGUCCCAUGUCCUAGUCAAUGCCAGAGAGCCAGAAAGCUAUGCCAACGCCGGUGGUUGUGGAGAAGCAAGGGAGGCCACCAGGAACCUGAGGCAGCUGAAUUUCAGCCUGAGUCUCAGCCAGAGAAGGAAAGUGCUGUUGGACAAAAUGCUCCAAACUCAAGUUCAAAGAAAGCUGCAGAGAUCACUGUUAUACACCAGACAUACUUCUGAAGAGUUCCGCUCUGCUUCAUAUGCUGAAUGAAGGGUACUCCACUGGCUUCUCCCUGUUAUCAGUCAUGGGCAGAUUCUCACCAAUUUCAUACUAAUAUCUUCAGCAGGCACAUUACAAACAAUAAUACCAGGCCAAUGAGGAGGAGCCUCGGCUUAGCAGGUACCCUCAUGCCACUGGGACUGACUGAGGCACAAGCCUCUGAGAUUCACUUUGUACUUCCACAAAAAGUGGGUAUCUUCUCGUCCCAUCAAAUGAAUACAGAAAGUCUUCUGUCUCGGCACUGUGAAUGGAUCUACUGCUCUUUUUGAUGAAAGGUUGAAACACAGCUUCCAAGGAACUGGGCAGAGCAGCCAGGGCUGUGGCACAGUUCACCAGCUCCUGUUAUCCUCACAUCUGACUUCAUGCUCACUGGCUCUCAACUGGCUUACAGGAGGGCUCCUGUUUUUCCAGGCUGACAGCCACAGGUUUAUGAUUUAGCUUCUGCCACCACUACUUGUAGCUAUCAACACACUGGUGAAGGGAGCCGACUUUAAGCAUUCCAGAAGUCAUCGCCCAGGGGCUUAGGGGCUGCAUACCAACAGGACCCAGAUGAGGUCCGAUAAUACAGGGCUCCUAAAGUGGGACUGACACUAUAUCCUACCAUGAUAGUGAGCUGCAUACAUUCUGAACAAGGGUGCCAGAGCAAAAUGAUUAUGACGAUCUUUCUCAUGGAGCCGCAGCUAUAAGUCAAGUCUAACCUGAUUAAGAGUUUGGUGAGAAAGUGGAAGGAGCUGUUAAAUGUUAAAGCAGCCUUUAGGGAAGAAAGGGAGUAGCAGGAGGGUCAGGGUGUUGUCCUGCUUCUUUUCAUAAGAGGCUGAAACCAUUCCAUUUUGUUUUGCUGAAAUGUGUCUGUUGCUAAAUAAUUCUGUUUUCUUAGUUCUCUGGUGAAAACCAUAUAUAAAUUGUAGCCUUUUUUCUUUCAUUUCAAGUAUUGUCCAAAAAGUGAUUCUCAAAACUAUACUAACAGGAGAAUAUAUCUUGCCCCAAACCCUAAUUUCAUAAUCAAGCUCAGCCUGGAAGAAUGGAACAGAUACAAAGCAUGGAUGAUGGUAGUUUCCAAGGAAGUCCUGGAUAUCCUCUAGGGAUUCUAAAGUUCCACAGACCUUUGGAAAUAUAGUAGGUAACGAUGACAGAGCACAGGGACUGGCAUUUGGAUAAAUGGGCAUAUUAUUUACACCCUUCCACUGAUUCACAACAUCACCUCCAGUUUAUCCUGCCAUUUAUGGCUCACUCCGACCAUGAAAUAAGGGGAAAAAUAGCUUGCUCCUUCCCAAGACACGUAGGGAGAAUUAUUAAAAGCAUUCUAUACUUAGAAGCUCUUGUUCUAAGACUGAUGAUUACAUUCGUCCUCAGCCUUCCCAAACUCAUCCACCACAGAAUGUCCUUUAAUCCAGAAACAUAAGAUUUCCCAGUAGAUGAAAACUGGGGCAAAGUCUACAUUCGUUAACUCUUCCACGAAAGUAUAACUCAGGUAACAUUUAUAGUGACUUCCUUCACAAAAAUUCACUGAUGGGGUCAAAAUUGUUUAUUUUGCUUUGGGGACAAUUUGUUUCCCCUGACAAAACAAGGUCCCUCUGAGGACUUUCUGCCUCCCUAAUCAGUUAACCAUUUUGAAUUCCAUAGUCUCUUACCAGUGGAGACCUUUGAAAACUAAGAGAUGGGAGAGAUAGCAGAAGGGAAGGGAGAACUUCCAUAUGGACUUUGGGAUGGGUACUUUAGGCUGCAGAUCACUUCAAAGCAGGGCACAAUUCUCUGUCACCACUAUAGAAUAAAUUACAGUUUCAACUUGAUGAAACACUGUUUCUGUGGAGUGCCAAUUAUUCCUCUGCGAAGUGACUAGUCAGCAAGGUUUUUACUGCAAAGUCUUUCUCAUUAAGUGACCACAUUUGAUUUUUCAAUUAUUAAAGUGCAUUCUAACACUUUUUAGAAAAUACUGGAAAAUAUAAAGCAUUAAAAAAAGGGGGCCGGCCGAGUGGCA